AUGUCGAUAACUUCGAUCGAAAAUUUCUCUAAUGAAGUUUUUAACGAGAUUUUCGAAUAUCUCGAUGGUUGUGAAAUAUAUAAAGCAUUUUCAAAUCUUAAUUAUCGUUUUCAACAACUUCUUUAUUCUUCAUCUCUUCUUUACAAAAUUAAUUUACAUCGUACAACAUCUAACGAAUUAUAUCUAAAUAUUUAUAAACAACUUCUACUUAAUCACAAACACCAAAUACUUGCAUUUCAUAUAUGGUCACCAUUACAAAAAAGUGAAUUUUUUUCAUCAUUUUCAAUCGACGCAUCAUUUAAUCGUCUUGAAUCCAUUGUGAUUAAUGAACUUCCAUCAGCUAUACUAAUUUCACUUCUUACUAAUUUAUCUUCUUUACCUCGUCUUUUCUCAUUAACCAUCGAUGCACGAUGGGCGUUAAGAGAUUUGAGUGAAGUUUAUCGAUUAAUUUUUACUUUAUCAAAAUUGAAAUAUAUUAAAUGUUCAGCAGAAUCAACCACUAUAUCUAAUUCAUUGCCAAUUGCUACCAAUGAACAAUUCAGUACUAUUGAAUAUUUUAUUAUUAAUCAUGAUUGUGGUUUUAAUGAACUUUGUACUUUAAUAUCUUAUACACCUCAACUUUGUCAUUUAAAUUUGAUGAAUUUAUCUAAAAGUCAUUCAAACAAUGAAAUUAUAUUGCCAGUCAGUUUUUCUAAUUUGACAUAUCUUUCAAUAGAAAUGGCUUAUAUAACAUUUGAUGAAUUAGAAAUGUUCAUUAUAGAAACGGAAUGUAAUUUGAAAGUUUUACGUAUUAUUACAUUUUUUGCGGAUCAAAAUUAUCUUGAUGGUGAUCGAUGGGAAGAAUUAAUUUCAAAUUAUUUGCUUGAAUUAGAAGAAUUUUAUUUAGAAUAUUAUCAAGAUAUUGAUCCUGAAUCUGGAUCUUUAACAGAUUUUGAACCUCCUAAUCAAUUUAAUUCAUCAUUUUGGAUUGAACGAAAAUGGGUACUCGAAGUUGAAAUGGAUUCCUUUGCUUAUAUUUAUUCAAUUCGUUCAUAUAAAGAAAGAUGGUAUGAUGUCAAUUCUUCUAUUGAACUCUCAAAUUCUACUCGACUUAUACUUACGGAUCUUCCUCAUGAUGAAUAUAUAAUGAUAUUGAAUUUAAUUAUUCGUGAUCUUUUAGCAAUGACACAGAUUUAUCAUUUAGAAAUUUCUAAAAAAACCAUCUAUUCUGAUAUAUUAAUCGAAAUAAUAUAUAAAUUAUCUGCACUUGAUACAUUAAAAAUUACUUCUUUGAUAUUAUCACAAUCUAAAUGUUUAUUUAUUGAAAAUAAGAAUCUUCGUCUUGUAUCAAAUAAAAAUAAUAUUAAAAAAGUUUAUUUAGAAAAAAUGUUGACAAUGGAAGAAGUUUAUUUUCUUAUUAGACUUUGUCCUCGUAUGACAUAUCUCAAAAUAGAUUUUAUAAAUGAUAUGAAUAUUGAAUUAUUCGUUAAAGAUAUUCUAAAGAAAAUUCAUAAUGAUUGUAAUCAAUAUCUUCGUUCAUUAUGUAUUCAUAAUCCAACAGCAGAUGAUGAUAUCAUUCAAAAAUUAGAAGAAAUGAUUAAUCGUGAGAAAUUACUUCAUCAUUUUACAAUAAAAUGUAUAGCUGACAAUAUCUAUUUGCAAUGGAAAUAA